AUGGCCCCCAAAGUCUUUCUUCAACCUAGCACUGGCGUCACUGGCUACAUCGGCGGGGACGGUUUGUUCGCCAUUGCAAGCGCCCACCCUGAUUGGCAACUCUCAGCUUUGGUUCGCAGCCAGGAAAAAGCUACUCAGGUUACUAGCAAAUACUCACAGAUUCGCCCUGUGAUCGGUGAUUUGGAUUCCUCUGAUUUGAUUGAAGAAGAAGUCAAGAACGCCGAUAUUGUCAUCCACUUCGCAGAUUGCGACCAUGUUGCCGCAGCUCAGGCAAUUGCCAAGGGCGCUCAGCAUCACACCCCCGAGCGCCCAUUGUGGUUAAUUCACACUUCUGGUACUGGCAUCUUAACGGUCGAGGAUCAACGUGCCGGUACAUACGGCAUCGAGCGUCCUAAGCAGUAUAAUGACUGGGAAGGUGUCAGUGAACUUCUUAAUCUUCCCGCGGAUGCCUUCCACCGUAACGUGGACGAGAUCAUCCUUGGAAUCGGCCAACAAAACCCCGCCAGUGCUAAGGUCGCUGUCGUCUGCCCGCCAACUAUCUACGGCCCCGGCCGUGGACCUGGCAACACCAGGAGUAUCCAAGCAUACGAACUGACCACCGCUGUCCUGAAGCGACAGAAAGGCAUCUUGGUUGGCAAGGGCGAGAAUGUCUGGCAUCAGGUUCACGUUCAAGACCUGAGUAAUGUCUACCUGGCUUUGGGUGAGGCUGCCUCGGAGGGUGGUGGUAAGGCUACCUGGAAUGAAGAGGGCUAUUAUCUCGCGGAGAAUGGGCCCUUUGUUUGGGGUGAUAUUCAAAGGGCUGUUGCGCAGGCUGCCUUUGACAAGAAGCUUAUCUCGAGCCCUGACGUUGAAUCUCUAGAUGGAGCUCAAACAACUGAGGUGUUCUUUGCUGGAAUUUAUGCUUGGGGAUCUAAUUCUCGUGGUAACUCACUGCGUGCCCGCAAGCUGUUUGGCUGGAACCCCCAGAAGCCGAAGUUGAUUGAGCUCAUUCCUGAUAUCGUCGAGGCUGAGGCCAAGGCUCUUGGGCUGCUGUGA